GAGGAACACUGUAUAUUUUAUUAAGGGCGCAAGGGAUACCAUCACUGUGCCCCAGCAGUAUACCGGUACGGUAUUGUACUCGUACAUGUGCCCACCGGUAGUGAAUGUUCGGUAUGGUACCGGAGCCAUAACUUACGGUAUGGUAGACUACCGUACCGUAACCCUGCUCUAUGCGCAGCCGCCGAGCAUAUGAUACCGUUACUAAGGAAGUGAUAGCUUCCCCCCCGCUUCGGUGCAGAUGUCAUGAAUGCUUACUUCAACCCUGGCUUGCAAUCUAACUGGACGUAUGAUAGAUGCCAGUACUCGUACAGGUGCCAUAGAAUUCACGGUCGGUGUCAGCGGAGGGGAGCACUUUCGAGGGCAUUACAUGCGUAGAUGCAUUUCAGUGGACUCAGCCUCUCCGUCCCCACCACCGGUGUUCCUCUUCCCUUUCCUCUCUUUCUCGCCAUUGUCUCUCACUCUCAACGCACAGUACUGUACCGGUACCGUAUCUCUUUAGCAUAGUCGAUGGUACACACAGAUCAAAUCUAAAAGCAGAAGCAAAGCACCUGACCCGCUAGUGUUCUCUCCUCCGUCAAAGGGAAGCCGAAACCCACCCACCCUUUUUCGUUUUUCCUCUCCCUACCUCCUUGUCCGUCCAUCUCCCAGCUUCCUUCACUCUCUAACUUCAGAAAUCUCAUUCCAUCCAUCCGCGCGCUUCCAGAGCCAGAUUUUCUGGUUCACCCUUCCCUCCUCCUCCUCCUCCGCUGUACUCGUACUGUGCAAGUACAAUCGCGGCCGCACAAACUCGAGUACCGAUCACGGAUACACAGACCAGGUAAUUUGCACCCUCACUAUCUGCAUACUAAUUCCCUUCUUCUGGGCGGACUUUUUUUAUUGCCUUGGCUUUCUUGGUAACGGCUUUUCUGACUCGGGUGUUGCUAUAUAUAGCACACCGCCUCUCCAUUCCUCCAGGGGUGCCUACCGAUACUAUGCCCUGAGGUAACCUUAACAAGAACAAGUGAAGAUUUGAAAGAGCAGGGCAAAAACACUACGACUGAUAAAGAAUCCGAUUGUCUGUGGAACGCUAUCAGCAGCAAACAAACAUAUUCCCGAGCAUUGCCAACCCUAGUUGAUCACGAGCAUCGUGAUUGAAAGUUAAAGUUAGACACACGCACUGCGCAUUCAGAGUGCUGGUGGCUUUUUUAAAUUUUUUUUUAAAUUUUUUAAACCUCAAGAAUUCACCGAAGGCGGACAUUCGUUUACGAACCUCCUAUCAAUACCUUCCGGAACGCACUCCGACCAGUUCAACUACGCUACUCGACCACCUUCGUUGAAGGGCUGAAAGGGAAAUUGGGCUUCCAUUGCGCACCGACGUUGGGAUACGGUGUCAUACUUUACGCCGGCUGCUCUGUGCUCGAGGUGUUUUGUUGUGCUUUGCCCAACAUCUAAAUUCAUACCGAGACAGGAAACUUCCGCUAGUGUCGCAACCCCUUCGCCUCCAUUUGAGUUACUCGCUCAAGCUAAGCGGUUAUCGGUGCGUUUAGCGAUUCACAUUACACCGUUUUAGGACUCAAGGCUUGCCCAGAGAAUCCCUCCUUGGGCUGCUUUUGUUCUUUUCUGGACCUCCUCAGAGGGGAGACUCAGAAGGCACGACCCCCUUGUAGCUGAUCAUUCCUGACAGAUAUAUCAUAUCUUGUGUAAGCCACCCCCCCAUCUGUUUUUUCCCUUUUGUUGCUGUUCGCCUUCAACAUAUUUGUGUUUGUUUUUUUUUUGCGGGAGAAGACUUCUUCUGGCAACGGACGGCCACCUCUCUCUCUCUCUUUCUCUCUCUCUUUCUCUCUCUCUCUUGGGGGAUUUUUUUUAUGGGCAAGAGGGGGAAAGUAUUUCGUUACCUCUGCACAAUCUCGUCAUCAGUCCUUCCAUUUAGUCCCCCCACUGCUCCUUUUGUCAAUUCGGAUUACAUCCAAAUCUGCGUCUACUACUACCUUCGACUCUAUUUCUGUCUUUUCCGCGGAUUUUUCGAGAUUUCCCCUCCGUCGCCCUUGUCUCUCCGCUUUGUGCCACCCGUACACAGCACAGGCGGUAGUAAAGCAGGUAGCUAGCCUCAACACAGCAGCUACAAAUAUCCUCCACCGCCACCUAGAUCAAGUCGGAAAACGUGGGGGGGGAGUAAACAUCUGAAAGCGAGAGGGGGACCGUCCAGAGACAGCCCAAGUGCGAUUAGAUAUAAAGGGUUCGAGAGGGCUAAUUUUUGUGAACCUUUCUUCACCAUGGCGACGAUCAUUAGUUUCACAACGAUGUUUAAUCGUUUACCCAUUUACACACGACCGAAGGAACCGGCUAUCGGAUACCCUGUUCUUAUCGAGAGCACCAACCAAACGUUGUCUGGCUUGCCGAGCUCGCAGAUUGUUGGCUUCCCGGAAUAUCUAGGCGGCAGCAGCGCUCUCAGGAACCCCGGCGAAUCAGUUUUCAAAGGGCCGCCGGAAAAACCGAUUUUAUCGUUGUAAGUUCUUAAUUUGCCUUAUAUCCCUCCCAACCGCCGCUUGGUAUAUAAAUUACUGUAUGCGGUUGUGGUGGGACGCGGUCCUUUCAUUUGUGGUUCUGUUGUUUUGGAGAUGCUCGUUGCAUACUAGCAUUCUGAAACUAACCCUGGGCUCAUUGAAUAAAAUACAGAAAUGCUGGUAGUCACCAAAGCUUUUAUGAAGAUGAUGAUCUUGCUCCUCCUCCGCCACUUAGGAUAAACUCUCUCCAAUAUCCUUCUUCGCCUGGCCCUUCUUCCUUGAAUUCGAGCUGCACUAUCAAACCGGAUCCAAAUAAACAACUCAACACCCCUGUGAACGUCCCUCUGCGAAAACCUAAUAUUACGCGCAAACCCGCGCCGUCGAAUCUCAACAGUGCCAAUUCGACGCAUCCAUCAGACACCUUCGUGGCAUCUGGUUUGGGUAAAGCCGCUACUAUGGAUUUUCCACCCCCAUCUUCAUCCCGUGGCCGAGGGUUUGGGCUAGGAAACGUUGUCAAGGGGAAGGUGGCCGGUCGCAGGAGACAUGAUUCGUGCUCGGGAACGGAAUCCCCGACCCCAAUCGCUGCGGUGAAACCACCGAAUUUUGUUUCGAUCGAUGAUUGGUUGGAUAGUCGUGAGCGUGAGGGGCUUCAUCGACGGUCGAACACUAUUUCUACCGCUGCUACCCAAGCUUCCAGUUACAAAGAUCCCACCAAACUUCACAUCCGUCAAUCCACCUUUGCGCCCCUUACUCCUCCCGCCGGAAUGUCGCUUAACGAUUCCCCUGCCUUGCCCCCUAUUCCCGCGCAAUUCAUUCCCACGCCUCGCUUGGACUCCGUCCGUGCCGUCUCGGCCCCGCCUCCCCCACAUGAAAUUCACCCAAUACACCGCCCCGCAUCUGUUCCCAAGGACAAACCUCAGGAACCCAAGGAUCAUCUCUCGCAGCUCGAAUUCGAGCAGGACCAACUUACUGUGCGUCGCGCCGCGCUUCGCCGCGAGAUUUACGACCUCGAGCAAGUCCUCCCCCCGAACCCCAGCACUCACAACCCUGUUGCCAGACGAGAAAUGCAAACCAGAAGGGACCAGCUCGUUCAGGAGCUUGCGGACGUCGAGAAGGAGGUUCACGAAAUGGGAAUGAAGUUGCACAGAGCCUGGAGGCGAAGGGAUAAGAAAAUGGGCACCGAGGGGCCUACGCACUUGUGGGUUUCUAGAGUCACUGGCAGUGGGGAUGAAUAA